CAACGCGUCGGCGUCGCCCGCCCGUCUCUCCCUCCUCCUCCUCCUUUCCCCAUUCGAUUCUCCCCCCUCCACCCGCCCCCGCCCUCGCCUCUCCGAUUCCAUCACCCCCUUCGACCGCGCCCUGAAUCUGCGCUCCGAGGGGAUCCCCCCCGAGGCAUGGAGAUCUCCUUCGAGGCGUGGGAGGGGGUGCAGCGGCACGGCCAGGACAUCGCCGACCGCCUCGCGCAGGGCUUCACGGGCCUGCUGCAGGCGCCGCCGCAGUUCCCGUGGCCGCCCGUCUCGCACAAGCUCAUGCCCUUCGAGAUCGACCUCCCCGUCGUGCCCUUCGGCGCCGCGCGGGGGGCCGCCGCCGCCGGCGGGAAGGACUUCUUCCCCACCGCCGCCGUCGCCUCCGUCAUCGACAUCGGCGGCAGGCUCGGCCAGGCCGGCGUCGAGAUCGGCACGUCCGUCGGCGGGGCCGUGCAGCACGCCGUGCGCCAGCUGCCCGUGCCCUUCCGGGGCGCCCAGAUCCGCCGCCGCAAGCUGCAGCCGCGGCCCCCUUCUGCGGAGGGGGCCGUCGGCCUCUCCUCCGAGAGGGCCGUCGAUAGAUGCCCUCUCGAGGCGGCUGCCGCCGCUGCGGCCGCGGCGACUGGAAGCGCUGCCGCGUCGACUGUCAGUGGUGUUAGAGGCGGGGACGACCUUGAUGAAGACGAUGACGGAUAUGGCUGCGAAAUCGGAACCCUCGGAAACUUUAAGAAGUCCAAGGGUACCGUAAAUAUGUCAGCGACAUACAGCACCAGAAACAAUGAUAUUGAGAGUUCUGUUGUUGCUCGUGGAGACCUGUGGAGGCUAGAGGCAUCACGCAGCGGUUCAACUUCUGGAAACGAUACUUCGCCCCUUUACCUUGUUCAGUUGGGGCCUUUGCUAUUUGUUCGUGACUCAACACUCCUAUUGCCUGUUCAUCUGUCAAAGCAACAUCUGCUGUGGUAUGGCUAUGAUCGCAAGAAUGGAGUGCAUUCCCUCUGCCCAGCUAUUUGGUCGAAACAGAGAAGAUGGCUGAUGAUGUCGAUGAUGUGUCUUAACCCAGUAGCUUGCUCCUUUAUGGAUCUACAGUUCCCUAAUGGGCAAGUAACGUACGUUGCUGGAGAAGGGAUAACAGCGAGUGGUUUUGUUCCGUUGUUUGGUGGGUUGCUUCAAGCUCACGGGAAAUUCCCAGGAGAAACAAGAAUGAGCUUCUCUUGCAAGAACAAGCGAGGAACAAGGUUCACUCCUAUGUUUCAAUGGCCUGACAAAUCUCUUUCACUUGGAGUUACUCAAGCCUUGGCAUAUAAGAGAUCUGGUCUUAUGGUGAGGCCCAGCAUACAAGUCAGUGUAUGCCCUACAUUUGGAGGAAGUGAUCCUGGGGUACGUGCAGAGGUCAUCCAUUCAUUAAAGGAGGAACUAAAUGUUAUGUGUGGUUUAUCCUGCUCAAGAAAUCCGUCAGCUUUUACUGCUCUUUCUAUUGGGCGGUCAAAGUGGAAUGGUCAAGUGGGCAGUUCUGGAGUAGUAGUCACGUUGGAAACACCUCUAAAUAACAUUGGAAGGCCAUCUUUAUCUGUGCAAUUAAAUGGCGGUUUCGAGAUUUGAAGUCCUGCGCAGGAGUUGUACAUACCCAUUGUACAUAACACCACCACUAAUCUUGAUGUUCCACCCCUGCUGGGGUAGCGCAUCGGCCCGUUACAUGUAUGCGGAAGUGAGAUGCAGCUUGUUCUUGUGGCCAUAGGUCUUGACUUAGCAAAUCAACCGGUCUAUUACAUAUGUAGGCAGUGACGACCAUAUUUCCCAAAGAGACUGGUGAAGCAAUCACGAGUUCAAGCACUUCCUAAGGGAAGUAGAGAUAAAAUAAGCUCAAGCCUAGUUCGCUGUUUGUAAGGUGGCAAAGGAAAUGCUUGUGGACUGCUUAUGUGUCAUGCAAAGAAGAUUGGCAAAUUGGAUAGUUGUUGGUGCUGGAUUGUCUGCCAAUUUUGUGACCUACGCUGGAUUUUUGUCUCCACCGCUGUUGAUUGGUGCUUAUUUUGUGACAAAGGUGAACUUGGGUGGAUGAAUUGGCGUGCUUAUUUUUUUCCUGCACUCUUGUAUUCCUCUACAUGUAACCCUUACUAAAGACUUGGCAUAUACUUUUGUCUGGCGAAACUGACAAAUCUAUUUUGCCUUGCCUA